GUCACACUACUUCUCCAUAUCCAGACCACGCCAUCCUCACCUUGCGACCUCGAAACCACAAUCAUCUGCCCUGCACUCGUUCAUUCUCUCCUUCACAAACACAAGUGAACUGCUAGAUUGCCUGCUCACCCGUUCAACACAUCCGAAAACCGUCCACAAUGUGCUCCGCCGAUAUCUUCCUUGGCUUUCUGGCCGUCCUCUUCCCCCCACUACCUGUCUGGGUGAAGCGUGGCAUCUGCUCAGCAGAUUCCAUCAUCAACAUUCUUCUCUGCGUUCUCGGCUUCGUACGUUCCCUCACGGCGACCCCUGCCACCGAACCAUCCCCCACUAACACGGCCCAGAUUCCCGGCCUCAUCCACGCCUGGUACAUCAUUGUCCAAUACCCCGAGCCCGCCAAUGAAUACGACUCCCUCCCCCAGAAUGACCGCGAGGGCGGCCGAGUCACCUACGUCUUCGUCCACGGCGACGGACGCCAGCCCCAGCAGCAGGCCCGCCCGCACAAGGGCCAGCCCCAGCCCCAGCAGAACCACAACAACCUCAGCUACGGCACCGCCGGCAACUCGAGCCAGCAGCAGCAGCAGAAUGGAAACGGUGGCGAGGACGUGUAUGAUUUUGUUUGA